CUCUCACUGGACCGAGCCUCGAGUAGCCUCCCCUCCGUCGAUUGAGAGGUUUAGGGUUUCAGGAGAAGUCGGAGGCGUCCGAUCGAUGAUAUCCCGUCGUACGUCCCGUCGAUGAUACUCCGUCGUACGUCCGGUAGAUAAGUGAGGGCCACCAUGGUCGGAGAUUAUGCCGCGCCGGCGUCGUCCUCACCGGGAACGGCGGAGGCGCAGUACUCGUCGGCCAAGACGUCGGUGUGGUGGGACAUAGAGAAUUGCCAGGUCCCUAUGGGCUGUGACCCCCAUGCUAUUGCGAGGAACAUCAGCUCCGCCCUUGUUAAGAUGAAUUACUGCGGGCCCGUCUCAAUCUCUGCCUAUGGCGAUACCAAUCGGAUCCCCAAUUCUGUACAGAAGGCGCUCUCCAGCACCGGAAUCGCACUCAACCACGUUCCCGCCGGUGUGAAGGAUGCGAGCGACAAGAAGAUUCUAGUUGAUAUGCUGUUCUGGGCAGUGGACAAUCCUGCUCCUGCAAAUUAUCUGCUUAUAUCUGGCGAUAGGGAUUUUUCGAAUGCCCUCCAUCAGCUGCGCAUGCGGAGAUAUAACAUACUUUUAGCACAGCCGCUUAAGGUAUCUGCACCACUUGUAGCUGCAGCUAAGAGUGUGUGGUUGUGGACAAGCCUUUCAGCUGGAGGAACCCCCCUUUCAAGCGGGGAAACAGCACAACUUGUUAACAGUAACUACUCUUUUAGUGGCGUAACGUCACAGAACACAAAUUAUGAAGCUAUCUCUUUUGCCGGCGCUGGGACUGUCAGUACAGAUAACAUCUCUUCAGUUGGCCAAUGCACUUUCAGUGAUGGAAUGUCUGCUGACGAUACAUAUAAGGGAGAUGGAAUAUACAUCUCCAAAACUGCAACUCAGCCCCACAUAAAUACAGCUGUCAGUCUACCAGUCAUGAUGGAAGAUACUUAUAACAAUGGUAAAUUUCAAAAGUAUGAAGGCGUGCAAGAAAAGCAGUUCAAGAAAGCACCCCAUGAGUUUUUUCCUGGUGCUACUGAGCCUGUAGUCACUGCCAAUGGACCCAUCUCAUUUUCAGGUAAUCCCAAUUCUUCCGGGACUGUUGGCUAUCCUCAAAAUUAUUACGCCCAUCAAGCAAGGCCAAGUAAUGGCUCUAUGCGACCUCCAUCUGCUCCUGAAAUCUCUGUUCGGCCUAGUCCUGUGAAUUUUGAAUAUCGUCCAUUUGCUCCUGAUUAUUCUGCCAGGCCUAUACCAGCUAACUAUGAAUGUCGUCCAUUUGCUCCCAAUAACCCCUCUAGGCCUAAUUUUGUAAACCAGGAAUAUCGUCCAUUUUCUCCUAGGCCUGACAAUGGUAAUCUAAGAUAUCCUUCUGUACCGACAAUGAACAUGCCCAAUAUUGGCAAGGUUAAUCAGUCUGUACACUCGCCCAAUGCUCGGAAGUCUCUUAACUUCCAGCAACCUAAUGGAGAGCAGAAUGGAUCAACAUUUGUUGAAACUAGCAACUCCAUUGGCUAUAAUAAACCACACAAGGGCCGUGGAUCAGGUGGCCAACGACUUCAGCGAGCUACUUCUUACAAUGGGUAUCCCGGUGUUCCUGAAUUGUCUUCUUCUCCUCCACGGGCUGUCAUCACUACUGUCUCCGGUAAUGGUACCUGGGGUUCUCAAGGCCCCCUUCCUGAGCAUGCACAGGGCCUCAUCGGGGUGAUCUUACUGGCGCUGAACACUUUGAAGGAAGAGGAAAUUAUCCCUACUGAAUCAAACAUCACUGAUUGCAUACAUUGUCAUUAUGGAGAAUCUAAAUACCAGAAUGUUGAUGUGAAGAAGGCCUUGGAUAUUGCUCUUGAGCAGCAGAUGGUGGUGACGCAAAAUUUAGGCGUGAUAACAUUGUACAUCGGUCGGAAUGAAAAACUAUGGAAAUGUGUCAAUCCUAUUAGUGUUGAGCCGAAUAUGUUCCCGCAGGCUACAUGGGACCGAAUAGAGAACUUCUUAUCUUCUUCAGCUGGGAAAUCGGCCGUGUAUGCCUCUAAAUGCAGGUAUGAGGCAGCUCUGAUUCUCCAGAAGCUGUGCAUACCGGAGCUUACGAUGGGCCACGUGCUUCAAAUAUUGAACAUAAUAUGCACUGUGAAGAGGUGGAUUGUUCCUCAUAAGACAGGAUGGCAGCCCAUCAGUAUUACCCUUGAGGAGUCUACGACAUACUGAUAGUACUGCUGGGACAUGAACUUGUCGAGUGGAAUUACGGUUAGUAUCUUUGAGAAAAGCUGAGAAUUUGUAAAGCUAGUAUUUCUUCCCCCAUUUCCAGUUUGAUUUCUUGUUUUCUUGAAAUACUUGGUCUGAGGAUCUCAACGGAGGAAGGAAAAGUCUAAGGUGAAUGUGCCGCUCUUUUGACUUCUGCUUUUUGGUCUUCUCUGCUGUGAGUGCCAAUGAAAGUGUUAGGGAUAUGAGCUUUUUGACUUCUGCUUUUUGGUCUUCUCUGCUGUGAAUGCCAAUGAAAGUGUUAGGGAGAUGAGCAGUAGAUCCUGCUUUUGCUGUGUGAUGGAUUGCGAGUGGUAUAGAAACAAACGGAAUUAUUGCUAAUUCAUCAGAAUGUACAAGUAUAAAGUUAAGUAGAUUUUGAUGUGCCGAAGAUGCUGAUAUAUCCUUAUGUUCCUUCUGGCAUUUCUUCUGUACACUGGAUGUGGUUUCUCAAGUAUUAUGUAACAUUAAUUU